AUGGAUCAGCCCAAACUUAACAUGAAACAGAGGAGAUGGUUGGAUGUAGUGAAAGAUUACGACUGCGAGAUCCUGUAUCAUCCGGGCAAGGCUAAUGUGGUAGCCGACGCCCUGAGUCGUAGAACAGAUAGUAUCCCGAUCCGAGACGUGUGUAUGAGGAUGACAGUGAUGACACCAGUCUUAGAUAUCAUUCGAGAGGCCCAGGUGGAGGCCGUGAGACCGGAGAACCGUAAGAGGGAGCGGGUGAUUGGGCAGGUGUCCGAGUUUGUGACGGACAGCAGAGGACUUAUGACCUUCCGAGGAAGGAUUUAG